GAGGCACUCAGCUGGCCACGUUUGGGUGCACCGCUCCAGCCCGGGCAGGCAGGAAGGAAAGAGAAAUGCGUCAGCUAUUCUGACAAGAAGGGACUUCCUUUUCUCCACGCGGCUCUCAUCUCUACUCUCCAGGCAGACGCCAGGGUUCUGAAGACUGAAGCUUUCUGGAAUGAGUACCAGCCCGCUCCCUGCCGCCCUUACUUCCUGCCCCACUUGAAUUCGGCUUCCUGCCGUGGGGACUCGGAGCCCCUAGGAACUAAGAGCUGCUAGUUCCAUCUGUUCACUGGGAAGCUGGGAACCAAGCAGAGACACGGCUUUGCCCCUGGCGGCGCUGGGUGUCGGACAGACUGGGCUUUGGGUGGCCGUCCCUGCUGGCCCGGAAACCUCUUCAGUGGAAGGUUGGCUUCUGGGCGCUGGUAUUCUUACUGCUACUUGCGGAUGCCAGAGGCUGUGGCAGAACCCAGUGAAAACGCUCCCUGGGCAGCUGGAGGCUUGACAGUGCUGUGACACCAGUGACACCGACAGGGGCAGCCUGUUGGGGCUUUCUUCUCUGGAGGACUAUGACACAGUUCAGAAAGGAAAGACAAGCCGCAGGUGAAACCCAGCCACCAAGGAGCUAGGAGAGGGGCGGCGAGAGGGACGCCGGCUCGCAGAGCAGGCCCGCUGCGGACCACACUCGUCCCACCGGGACGCAGAGAGGCGAGGAGAUGGCCCACGGGGUGGACCUGAACGCCCUCAAGGAGCUGGAACGCGAGGCCGUCCUCCAGGUCCUGUACCGAGACCGGGAGGUGCAGAACGUGGAGGAGCAGAGGGUCCGGAAACUGAAAGCACACCUGCAGCGACUCCGGUGGGAAGGGGCGAAGAGCUCGAGCCAGGAGCACAGGGAGAAGUCAUGCGCCCGCUGCCAGCGCGUGCUGGGGCUCCGGCUGAACAGGGGGGCCGUGUGCCGGGGCUGCAGCCACCGCGUGUGCAGGGACUGCCGAGUGUUCCCGCGGAGGACCCGCACCUGGAAGUGCACCGUGUGCUUCGAGGACAGAAAUGUGAAAAUAAAAACUGGAGAAUGGUUCUUUGAGGAACGAGCCAAGAAAUUUCCAACUGAAGGCAAACACCAGACAGCUGGAGCCAGGCUCCUGCAAUCUUAUCAGAAACUGAGCAAAAUUUCGGUGGUUCCUCCUACUCCGCCUCCACUCAGUGAAAGCCAGUGCAGCCGCAGCCCCAGCAGGUUACAGGAACUUGGUCAGUUUAAAGGAUUUAAUAAGUCUAUGGAAAAUUUGUUUCUGUCUGUUACCACGCACAUGAAAAAGCUCUCCAAGUCCCAGAGCGACGUGACUUCUGAGAAGCACCUUCUAGCCACAGGUUCCUGGCAGUGCGCAAACCGAACGGAGAGACGGAGCCAGUCUGACACCGCCGUCAACGUCACCACCAGGAAGGCCAGCACACCGGAUAUUCUGAAGUCUUUCAAUCAGGAGGUUCCCAAGUGCUCUCCUAGCCCUGUUUUAAAGCAAGAUAAUCUCACAUCCAGCCCUGCACCCAGCACUUCAUUCUCUGAAGGCUUGAGACGCGGAAGUUUAAUUAGCAUUAACAGCACUUGUACAGAGAUGGGUAACUUCGAGAAUGCUAACGUCAGUGGAGAAAUAGAAUUUGCCAUUCGUUACUGCUUCAAAACCCAUUCUUUAGAAAUAUGCAUCAAGGCCUGUAAGAAUCUCGCCUAUGGAGAGGAAAGGAAGAAAAAAUGCAAUCCGUAUGUGAAGACCUAUCUGCUGCCUGACAGGUCCUCCCAGGGAAAGCGCAAGACUACAGUCCAGAAGAACACGGUGGACCCGACCUUCCAGGAGACGUUGAAGUACCAGGUGGACCCUGCCCAGCUGGCAGCCCGGCGGCUGCAGGUCUCCGUGUGGCACCUGGGCACGCUCGCCCGGAGGGUGUCCCUUGGAGAAGUGAUGAUCCCUCUGGCCACGUGGGACUUCCAGGACAGUGCAGCACAGUCCUUCCGCUGGUACCCACUCCGGGCCAAGGCAGAGAAGUGUGAAGACGGCCUUGCUCUGAGUACUGGGGAACUGGCAGUCCGGGCCAAACUGGUCCUCCCAGCAGGGCCCAGUAAGCCCCAGGAGGCACAGGAAGGGCCAGACCCGCUGCCGCCUAGCGGCCAGCUCUGCUUGGUGGUGCUGGGAGCCAGGAACCUACCUGUGCGGUCAGAUGGCACCUUGAACUCAUUCGUUAAGGGCUGCCUCACUCUGCCAGACCAGCAGAAACUGAGACUCAAGUCUCCCGUCCUCAAGAAGCAGGGCUGUCCCCAGUGGAAACACUCCUUCGUGUUCGACGGCGUCAGCGCGUCCCAGCUGAGGCAGUCCAGCCUGGAGCUGACCGUGUGGGACCAGGCCCUCUUCGGAGUGAGCGACCGCCUGCUCGGGGGGGCCAGGCUCAGUUCAAGAGAUGCAGCUGGCGGCGUGGACUCGUGCUCAAAGCUUCAGUGGCAAAAAGUUCUUUCCAGCCCCAAUUUAUGGACAGACAUGACCCUUGUGCUACACUGAAGCGAAGGUGGGCUGAGUCGCGCAGGGUCACAGCUGAAGGCCCUCUAACAGCAGUGCCCCGCCGUGGUGAUGUGACCACGGCAUCCCUCGCCAGCAGUGUGCCCGAGGGAGGUAGCUGGGGCAGCCGUCCAUGGUACAUGUGUGUGCUGAGACGUGAGAAAGGCCAGGUUCCAAUAAAGCUUCAACAGUGACCCGUGUCUCAGUGCCCACGGGGCGGGCUGGGGCUAAGCGGGGCCUUUGUGUGACCCUCCU